CAACCAUCGAUCGUUGUUGCGCCAUUCAACAAACUAUGAUCUUGCAUUUCUGAUAUCAACAGGAUCUGCAUACGACAAAUACCUGAACUUACAUCUCCCCCCCCCAGUCUAUGUCCGCUCCAGCGUGAACCCAUGGCGUCCAGAAGUGACUCCGCGGGGUCUCUCCGCCCGCGAGCCCGUCGCUCUCUUGCUCAUAUCCCGCGGUCGAGACUGACCUCCACCCUCGACCAAGAAAAUGCGACGACGGAUAUCAGCUCCUCUCAACCGCUUGAUGGACGCCCCAAACCUAUGGCUAGAGACAAAAAGUCUCGUAGCAAAAGCUUAGGCCCUGGUGGUCUAGAUGCGCUUCAGGACUCCAACGGUAAUCGCCGCAAGUCCACAGCAGCCUUUCCCUUGAAGUCCAUUCUCAAGCCAACUGUUCCCGUCUCGCCCGUGCGCACUAUUCCUACAUUUGAAGAAACACGCAAACGGACGCCGGCCCGUGGAUCGCAGCCGAGUGUCAGCAAUGAACCCAAUACCCAGAGCGACGAAGGCCUCCUAAUCGACCUUGAUACUCCCGCGCCCGCUUCGAAUAAUUCCGAAGACCGAUCCAACCCUUUCGACAGCUUCAACGCUGCAUCCAUUCGGGAUGAGAUGGCCGCCGCAAGGGAAAAGGAAGAAAAGGAGCAGCGGGAGCGGGAGCGGAAGAUGAUCCUUGAGAAGAGGGAGGCACGUCGGAAGUCCAUGGCAAAUCGCCGUGUCUCAUUCGCCCCCGAAGCCACAUUACAUACUUGGAACGUGGUAGAAAUACCCGACGACUCGACUUCAUCAUCUGCUGCGAACUCGACACGGCGCGCUUCAUCAAUAGCCGGAGCUGGAAACCAGACCCCUGCUCCCCAAGCCGAACAAGCCGAACAAGCCGAACAAGCCGAACAAGCCGAACAAGCCGAACCGCGAUCCUCUCCCGACCCAUACGCAGAGUCAGAUGCCGGCUUCUCGCCCGUGCAGUAUCCAGACCUGCAGCAACUCCAAAGCCAGUCAACCAACGGAAGCUACGAUGAAAUGGGGUCCUCGCAGGAGAUGUUUUCAAGCCCCUUCAGCGGAAGUUCAGCCGACGGGACUGAAGAUCUUGGACUACAGAGAGAGGACGACGACGAUGACGACAAUUCAUCGACUUCUGGAUUCGACGGAGAAAGCACCGCAAUGAGCUUGGAUGACAUGUCAGUUCACUCUCCAGCCUCAGUUCAUUCUGAUGGUUCCGAUGCCACCACUGGCAGUGCUCGCUUGAACGAAGCUUUGCGGCAAGCGGCUCGGGAAGCUGGAACUCGUGACUUUGAGGACGAUGAUGGAGACAUGUCUAUGGAAAUCGCAGAUCAGGAGAUUACAGGUGCUUUCCAGCCUUGGAUCAAGAAGGGCCAACGUGAGAGUUUCGAUUGGGCAGAUAUCAGCGCUCGGUAUGAUCAAGAGAAUGAUCCGCCUUCUGAACCCAUGCUCGAUGCUCCUCCGACUGCAGAUGACGAGGAUGAUGCUAUGGAUGAGGAUCUUAGUAUGGAGGUCACCAAUGCAAUUGGCCGAAUUCUCCCCAACCAAGCGAGUCGACGCAGGAGUGAAGCGCGCCGCAAAUCUCUUAGCGAGGAGACUAACUAUGAAGAACAGACCAUGGAAUUCACUAAUGUCGUGGGAGGUAUUGCACAGCCUGUUUCUCCUGCGAAGUCCAUAGGGGCGGAAAGUAGAAACGGAGAUGAAGAGAUGACUAUGGAAUUCACAUCCGUUGUCGGAGGCCUUUUGAACAGUCUUGGCGUCGCCAACAAUGCAGAUGAGAACGACUAUGAUGCUCAACAAGAAGCCUUCGCUUCAGGUGAAAACGACCGUGUCUUGUCUGAAUGGGAGAAUGGGAAUGACAUGGAUGAUGGUAUGGAUAUGGAGAUUACUGGAGCUAUCGGUGGCAUUAUCCCUGGUACUCAGGAGAUCAUUGCAGCCGAAGAUGACGACCAAACCGCAGGCAUGGAUAUGACUGCUGCUGUUGGACAGAUUCUAGAACCAGAGCCAGAACAAGAACAAGAACCACCGGAACCGGAUGAAGACCGAGUGACCCCGGAACCCAAGCCGGCUCAACUGGGUAGUUCGCCAUUUCAAGAGACCGUACGGCAGUCUCCUAAUAAGUCACCCGCUAAGUCGCCAACCAAGUCACCUUCCAAGUCACCUUCCAAGUCGCCUUCCAAGUCGCCGGCCAAAUCACCAGCGAAGUCGCCAGCCAAGUCGCAAGUCGAAUCUUCUUCCAAAUCACCCGUCUCGUUUCAUGUUGCAGCUGUGGCAUCAGAAAGUGGAAGCCCUAGCUUGGCAAGUGUACGGGCCCGACGAACGAGGCAAAGCUUGACCCAUCCGGCGCCCACUACACCCACUCCACAAACCCCACAGGUAACUCCACCGAAGGAUAUGGUCUCUCCUCCCAGUCCAUCCACGCCGACAGGCAAUGCACCCUCGAACACACACACAACGACCCCUUCCAGAGAUGCAGGUACAGAAAAUGCAUCACCACAGAAGCUGUCCCAACCAGAAGUACAAGAAUCCGCAAGUAAUACAUCCCCCAGGCGCAAGAGUCUGUUUGGGGAGAGCGUCAAUGGACAAUCGGCUCCUCUUUUUGUCUUGCAACCCCAUGGGAAGAGGCGGUCCUCUGGUCUCGGUAUCGACAAAGAGGGGCUUGGAUCGCCUCGAGUCGCUGCUAUUCUGGAUAAGCGUCGGUCCAUAGGUGAAGAAGCACCUGAGUUUGUUCCACAGGAGCAGUCAAAGCAGGGUGUGCGCUUCGAAGAUCCCGUGAAGCUUCAGGAGGAGGUAGAUCGUGAACGCGAAGAGGAGGUGAACAGAGAAGAUGGCUUCAUCUCGCCUCCAAAACUGAACGACAGGGAUCCCACCGCAAGCUUGAAGGAUAUGAUUUCGAGCUUGACACCCAAGAAGAAUAAGCUUCGUGGUAGAAAGAGCUUGCAUGUCGGGGCCGCUCUUGGCCUGCUGGGUAAAAGACCAGUCGAGUUGGAUUUGGACGACGACGCGGAUUCUGAUCACACGCCAAAGCGCCUACGAGGCCGCCAGACUAGCAGCCCAGUGAAGAAGUUCAAGCUCCCAGCUCAUUCGACCAACAGUGACACUUUUGGACGUGGAUUCCAGUCUCCUCUUAAGACCAUCAGUGCACAAUCUCCUCUCAAAUCCGUGUCAACGCCAACACAGACCUCUAAGACUAUCAGUGCUACCACGAGUCCUGUCAAAGAUAGCUCAGACACAGCAUCUAACACAGAAUCAACUGAAGUGCAAGAUGCGCCUGUAGAAGAUGCUGGCCCGGAGGUCGAGCCUAUACAGUUGCAGGAAUUCCUCAACAUGACCAACAUCCACUUCAUGGAACUCACAACCACGAAAAGAAGGCAUACUACUGCCCCAGACAGCGCUCGGAAACGAAAUCUUCGACUUUCUAGCGAGAACGAGGCUAGAAGUCCCGCGAGCUUCGAAGAGUGCGUAGCUGCUGGCUUCUGCACCGUGCCUAUGCUUGAGCUGUUUCAGCAUUCUUGUCGAGAGUUGAAGUCGUAUAUAAAUGAAGGCAGACAGGUGAUCCGGUCUAUUGAGACCGAGACUCUUGCCGAUAAUCCGCCACUGUUCCGCGAAUAUAUGACCGCUCCACCGGACAUUCGCUUGCUGAUGGACAAUCAAUUCAGAAAUGUCAAGACUCAUGCUCGCCUACUCAGUAAGGCUACAUGGUAUGAGUGGCGCAUGAAACUGCUGGAGGGACUUCGGGAUGGCCUCAACCGUCACGUGCAAGAAAUGAAAGCAGACGAUGAACUCCUUGCUAAGCAUGAGACCCUUCUGAGCGAUACAGUGCCCGCUCUCAUGGAGAAACACUCUUCUCUUGAGGCGGAGGCCACGACACUGCAGCAACUAGCAGACGAGCUUGAGAACUGUGACCAAGAUGAGCUGCGUAGCGCGCGGGAAAAGCUUGCGGGCGUCGAGGACGAGAUCGCGCAGAAAAAGAAGCUCCUACAGGAGAUGCAGGCCGAACUCGAGGAUAAGACUAACAUCGUCGAAACCGGCACCGAGGUCAAGGCCGAGUACAUGGCUCAGAUCCAGGAAGCCGAACGAGUCAAGGCGCAAUGUCGCGGCUGGAGCGCGCAAGAAAUCAGCGAACUAAAAGAUUCAGUCCGCAGCAUCGAGCGUCAAACCGGCUGGAGCAUCGUAUCUGCCACCGCAUCGGACGGUUCCACCCCGGCCGGCCCAGCAGUGACCAUGUCCUACCGACACCAGCUGCAACUCACCUUCCACCCUGCGUGCUUCCUCAUCAACAACAGUAUCUCCACCACUCCCAACGACCAGGCCACCAACGCACCUGUCACGCUCAAAUACGCCCCCACUACCACCAUCACGACGAAACCCACCCAUACCACCACCCCACACCUAUCCGCCAUCAUCCUCCUGGUCCUGAAAUCCCUCCAAACACACCUCACCUCCAUCCCGCAAUCCCGCACCGCUCCCAAACACCUCCUCCACUUCAUCGCCCAAGCAUGGGACCUGACCCUCCAGCUCGAAGAAGAAGCCCGCCUCCUCGAAUUCUGCGGCGUUACCAAGCUCAAACUCCUCGAGGGCAACGACUCCGCCAGCGCCAAAAACUGUUCAACUCCUUCCCUCCGUGCGCGCUGCACCCUCCUCGGUCCCGCAACGCCCCCUUCAACCUCCUCUUUGGCAAGCUGCCGUAUCGACGUCGACUUCGCCGUCCGCACUCGCAUCAUCCCUCCUCCACAGGACGGUGCGGGCACGGGGGCACUCGGGCAGCUGGACCUCCAGACCGACGUCCUCGCCAGCAAGGUGUACGGAUUCACUGCGCAAAGCAAGGGCAUAUCCGAGACGGAGAUGCGCAGUAUCCUGAGCAAAGGUCUGUCCGGGUCCGGGACCUCGGCCGAGGGCAAGAUGCAGCUCGGUCGUGGAGUCUGGAGGACGGCGGUGCGCAAAUUGACCGGCACGGUGUUUUGAGCUUCAGACAUCAUGUACUAUGAUUCUGAAUCCGGUUGGAAGUCAGAAGAAAUCGGGAGUGUUGCUGUGUUUCAGUUGAUUGAAGGUCGUAGGCGACGGCGAGACUGGGGGUUUGUUGAUUCUACGUUUCGGGGUUGCUUCUAAACUUUCACUUUCGACAAGUUCUGAUUCCCUUCAUGUUGAUCAUUUUCGAAGGGGUCCGUGGGGGAGGGAGUUCUACAUAGGUGUUUGGAUUGGGGCGCUGUGGCUUGUUAGGAAUUGCCGGGUGUAGUGGUGUGGUUUGAUAUAUCUU